UGAAAAAUGUCAGGAAGAGGAAAAGGCGGGAAGGGACUCGGUAAAGGAGGCGCCAAGCGUCACCGUAAAGUUCUCCGUGAUAACAUCCAGGGCAUCACCAAGCCCGCCAUCCGCCGUCUGGCUCGCCGCGGGGGAGUGAAGCGUAUCUCCGGUCUCAUCUACGAGGAGACCCGCGGUGUGCUCAAGGUGUUCCUGGAGAACGUCAUCCGUGACGCAGUGACGUACACCGAGCACGCUAAGAGAAAGACUGUGACCGCCAUGGAUGUGGUGUACGCUCUGAAGAGACAGGGCCGCACCCUGUACGGUUUCGGAGGCUAAACAACAUCUGACGACGACGACAACAACACAACGGCUCUUUUAAGAGCCACACACUCCUUCUAAAGACACUUCCUGAUAUUAUGAAUUGAUUAUAAAAUAGAAAAACUUAUUAUAGCCUACUGCUGCUGGCAAAUCCUAUAUUUAGUGCCAUACUAUACCAAUUCUCACUACGAAUAUGCUUUGUUUCUUUAGUUUAUAUUUCUCUAAGUUUCUUGUUUAACCCUUGUGUUGUCCUCCCGGGUUGACCCAGAGAGAGAACACUGAUUUUUCACGUUUUGUUGACUUAUGUGUUUUUGGCACUAUUCUUUCCUUCCAUUAACGCCAGUAUCUUGACCACUAGAACCAACUCAUUUACACUACUUGCACACUUAUAUUUUCGGAAUUAAUGGUCAAUAAACCUCAUCUGAAACAGCC